GCAUUAGGCGGUUGAUCUUCUGUGUUACAAUUUACGGUGCGCUCUCGAGUGGUGGCGGUGUCGCUUCAACAAACAGACCAAUCAACUAAUCAACCAUCUGUUUAGCUAUUACAAAUACUUAAUGCAACACACCAUAUAGAAAAGAAAAGAAUUUUACAAAAUCCAACAAUUGUACUACGGUGAUGAAAAAGCUCCAAAUAGCUGCACAUAACUGGAAUUACUUUAAAAACCGAAUUGAAUUGAAAAGUUUAAUAAAAAUAAAUUGAACUAAAUUGCGUACAAAAGGAAGUGAUAAAUUAGUGAAAAUAUUUGCAAAAUACUAAAGAGCAAAAUAAAAGUGCGCGCACCGACUGAUUUAAUUCUUCGCCGAGUGAUACCUAACACACAUUCAUGCAUACAAAUGUACCUCAAUUAACAAUUCUAUUUUUAAUGUGAUUGAAUUAAAUAAAUAUUCCUGGAGAAGUAACCAACUGUAGCAGUUAUAAGUGUUUAUAUGAACAAAUAUUUAUUUAAAUAAAUAACGCAAAAAUAAUUCCUUGGAAAAAAUAUCAACAUGGCAGCUAUGCAGACAAUCGAUCAAAUCAAGCUGGGCUUCAAAAUGGUCGACUUCAAAGUACAACAAAGGCGCUUUCGCACCAGUGAAAAAACUAUCGUCAGUACAAUUUAUGGGCCCAUAAAAGGUGUGAAACGCAAGUCCAUCUAUGGUGAUUCCUAUUACAGCUUUGAAAGAAUACCUUUCGCUAAGCCACCGGUAGGAGAGCUGCGCUAUAAAGCACCACAACCGCCGGACCCGUGGACAGAAGUGCGCAGUUGCACCUCACGCGGGCCGAAGCCAUUACAAAAGCAUUUCGUGUUUCAAAUGACGGAAGGCUCCGAAGAUUGUCUCUAUCUGAAUGUGUAUACAAAAGAUCUGAAUCCUCAAACACCCAUGCCGGUCAUGGUGUGGAUUUACGGUGGCGGUUUUCAAUUUGGUGAAGCCUCACGUGAGCUCUAUAGUCCCGAUUAUUUGCUGCGCGAAGACAUCGUGAUUAUUUCAAUAACUUACCGUUUGGGUCCAUUUGGCUUUCUUUGUAUGGAAGAUCCCGCUUUCGAUGUGCCCGGCAAUGCUGGUCUCAAGGAUCAAAUCAUGGCACUGCGUUGGGUGAAAGCAAACUGCGAACGCUUCGGUGGAGACAGCAGUAAUAUUACAAUUUUUGGUGAUAGCGCCGGUGGUGCCUCUGUACACUAUAUGAUGAUCACCGAUCAAACACGUGGCCUCUUUCACAAAGCGAUUUCCAUGUCUGGCAAUGCGCUUUCACCCUGGGCAGUGACACCGCAACGCAAUUGGCCAUAUAGGCUGGCGGUUGCCGCUGGCUAUACGGGAGAAAAUAACGCUCCGGAUGUUUUUAGUUUCUUGCGUAAAGCGAAAGGUGCCGACAUAGUGAAGGCUAAUGACGAUUUAUGUUCUGAUGAGGAGAAACGUGAACGCAUUGGUUUCUCUUUUGGCCCAGUGAUUGAGCCAUAUGUGACAGAUCAUUGUGUGGUGCCGAAGAAGCCGAUUGAAAUGAUGCGCACCGCUUGGAGUAAUCACAUACCGAUGAUUAUUGGAGGUGUGUCGAAUGAGGGCCUUUUGUUGUAUUCGGAGACCAAAACAAAUCCCAAACUACUUAACGAACUUGGUGAUUGUCGCUUUGUGGUGCCACUUGAGCUCGGCAUGGAUCGCGAGAGCGAGCUCUGUAAGGAAUAUGGAAUGCAAUUGCGUAAAACCUAUUAUAGUGAUAAAGAGCCCAGUUUAGAUACAUUAAAUGAGUAUCUGUUGAUGGUAUCGCAUGAGUACUUCUGGUUCCCCAUCUAUCGUACAGUAUUGUCGCGUGCAACCUACGCUACAGCACCCACCUAUUUGUAUCGUUUCGAUUUCGACUCGAAACACUUCAAUCACCUGCGCAUACUCAGCUGUGGUAAGAAGGUGCGUGGCACAUGUCACGGUGAUGACCUUUCCUACUUAUUUUACAACUCGGUGGCACGUAAGCUGAAGUUUCAUACACGUGAGUAUAAAUGUAUCGAGCGAUUGGUGGGCAUGUGGACGCACUUUGCCGCGCGAGCGGAUCCCAACUAUGAUCCAGAACGCGCAGACCUAUGGCAGCCAAUUGCGAAGGCUGAUUUGGAGAGCCGUAAACUUAAGUGCCUUAAUAUUUCCGAUGAUUUGAAGGAGAUUGAUGUGCCCGAAAUGAAGAAAUUAUUGUUAUGGGAGAGCUUCUUUCGCUGUGAUCAACUGAUUUGAGCUGUUUCGAGAGAAACCAAUUAACUUUUAAAGAAUACAAUUUUAGAAAAUCUUAAGAUGAGAUCUAAGCUAAUGGAACCUUUGCAUGGCAAAUUGUUGUAUGCCGUUUUUAAAAAGUAUUUUGAUAAUAAAACAGAGAUUAUCUUGCAA